UGAUUGGCCGACGCGAUUUAAAAGGCCGAGGACGCCAUUUCGCCGUGAGAUUCAAACGUGUGUGCAAGCUUUGGGCAAGCCGAGGGAAAAAGGACGAUGUACGCUUUUGAUUAGAUAUUGUGCCGAGCGAGUGGUUAUUUUUUGGUCAAGGCAAGAUGACACUAAACAGAAGAGUCCUAAAGCGGGUGCACUCCCCCAUGAAGUCGCCCAAACGCAACAACACCUCCUUGCGCAAAAAGGCUCUCAUUAAACAGUGGAAUAGUGAAGUGCAGUUUGGAAAUGCCUCAAAAGCCAAUCUGAAGGUGGUGGUUCGUGUGCGGCCACAGAAUGUCAAAGAGCAAGACUGUAAUGCAAGAUGUAUUGUGAAACUAGUAGAUGACCAUAUGAUGGUCUUUGACCCGAAAGAAGAGGAGGAUGAGUUUUUCUUUCGGGGAGUGCGCCAGAGGACCAGAGAUUUAAAUAAGAGACAGCAUAAGGAGCAGAAAUUUGUCUUUGAACGGGUCUUUGGGGAGGAUUCUACUAAUGAGCAAAUUUAUGAGGAAACGACAAAAGAUCUUGUUGAUACUCUACUAAAUGGAUAUAAUUGUUCAGUGUUUGCCUAUGGUGCAACUGGGGCUGGGAAAACCUUCACAAUGCUUGGAAAGCCAGAUUGCCCGGGCAUCACCUUUCUUACCUUGAUGGAGUUGUACCGCCGCAUAGAAGAAAUCAAGGAGGAGAAGACCUGCGAAGUUGGAAUAUCAUACCUGGAGGUCUAUAAUGAGACUGUGAGAGACCUCCUGAAUCCUGGGAAAGCCCUCAAUGUGCAGGAAACGGGUCAGCACAUCCAGGUCCAGGGUCUGUCAUUCCACAAACCCAAAGAUGCUGAUAACCUCAUGCAGAUGCUGGCUUGCGGGAAUCAGAACCGGUCCCAACACCCAACUGAUGCUAAUGCCGAAUCAUCCAGGUCGCAUGCAGUGUUUCAGAUAUUUGUGCGCCAACAAGACCGUACAGCAAAUGUGAAGUCAAAUGUGGCCAUUGCGAAAUUAUCAAUGAUCGAUUUAGCUGGUUCUGAACGUGGGUCUGCCACUGGAUUUAGAGGAGCAAGAUUCAGGGAAGGUGCUAACAUCAAUAAGUCCUUGCUGGCACUAGGAAACUGUAUUAAUGCUCUUGCUGAUGGACAGAAACACAUUCCUUAUCGAGACAGCAAACUGACUCGUCUCCUGAAGGACUCUAUUGGUGGGAAUUGUCGCAGUGUCAUGAUUGCUGCUAUAUCUCCAGCUUCCACCACUUUUGAAGACACUUUCAACACUCUUCGUUAUGCUAACAGAGCCAAAACUAUUAAAACUACUCUUAAGAAGAACAUCAUGAACGUAGAUCAGCAUGUUUCACAAUAUGUCCAGAUAGUGGAUGAUUUACGGAAAGAAAUAUGUAGUCUGAAGGAAAAGGUACAAAAAUAUGAAGAGAAGGAGAAAGAAUGGACAUCCCUGAAAGAGAUUUCAGAAUCUAAAAAUCAGGAUUCAAGUAUGUUGCUCGAGCAACAGAAAGAAUAUGAAAGCCAGAUAGCUAGUAUGGAAAAGGAAAUUCUGGAGCUAAAAGCCAAUAGUGGUGUGGUAUCAGAGGUGUCGGAGGAAGAGGCUGAAGUCCAGAGAAAGCUUGUGGAAGCCAGCAGUGAGAGGAAAGCACUCAGACGAGAGCUGUUGCAGUUAGAAAGUUCACAGAGGGAGGUAGAGCUCAAAAUCCAUACCUGUACCAUGCGUCUAAACAGGAUGAAAAUCAUUGCCUUCGCGUCACAACGGCUGGACAAGAGUAUCUCAAAGUGUGAGCGCACUAUUCGUAACCUUGGCAUCAGGCUAAGCCAGACAAAGAGACUACAGCAAAGUGUUGAAGCUAAACUGGAUGCCAACUUGGAAAAGCUUCAUGCUGCACAGAGAGCUUUGAAUCAGUGGGGACCAGGAUCAACCCAACCAUCUCAUGCUUCACAGACACUUAUUGACAAGAAUGAAACCGGUCUGGCGUACCGUGACCUUCACCAGCUGGCAGACUACUUGAGGGGAAUGGUAAAAGAAAGUUUCAAUGAACAGAGAGCCAGUGAACAGCUGAUUUGCCAACUACUGAACACCACUAAACAGUUCUAUGUACAGCUACGGGCCAGUAACCAGUGUACACCAGAAAUGGAAAAAUACUUUGAGAGUAUCAUAGAGAAAAUGGAUGAAAGCAAGAUCAUUUGGGCAGAUCAACACCAGGAGAAUAAAGAGGAUGCACCCAGUGUUCCAGAAGAACCGGUAUUAGAUGUGAAUCGCCUGACCAUCUUACCAAUUACAAGCAGUGUGUUCAUAUCCCCAGCUACUAUGGUUGAUCAGAAGAUGUUUAGGAGAUCGAUUAUGAAAUCCAGUAAGAGUACAUCAGCUUUACCAUCAGCAACUCUGAACCUGGGUGAGCCAUCUGGGCUUAACUUGUCAAGUGUGGCUGAGAGCUUUAUCCAGGACUCACCCACCACUCCUAGAAUACUGAACUUCCAAAGUACCAUACCUGAUUCUCCUGUGCUCUCUGGCUUUAGUCUAGCAAAUGAAGAUGGCAAAGCGAAAUCUGAAGAACAUGCAGAGGACUGUAACCCAGUACCUCAUUUAUCUACUGCACAACAAAAACCUGAAAAGAGUGAAUCUGUUGAACCAAAAAGCCAAACUAAAGACUUUGGAUUUGUUAGCAUGACUGAAGGAUGUGGAAUUAAUAUGUUAAAUACCGUGAGCAACUUGGGCGCAAACCUUGAUAAAACGGAAUUGUUAGAGGACAUUCAGCCUAUUGACUGCUCAAUUAAUGCCACAUUUGCUAUAACACCAUCAAAGAGUCUCAAUACAACAGUUGAUAUACCUACAUGUCUUUCAAGCUUAAAUACUACAAUGGAUAUGCCAAGAAGUCUUCCAACUUUAAACACCACAGUUGAUAUGUCUGCAAAUAUUGCAAGUUUGAAUACUACAGUUGAUUUACCUACCCAGAGUGUCACUGUGGAAAAAUCUACACUAGGAAAACUGAAUACAGCUGCUGACAUGUCUACUAUACAGUCUGUUUUAAAUACUACUGUUGAAGUUGCAAAGCCAUCGCCCAUGACUACCUCUGUUGGAUCAGGUUCUAAACCUUCCUUAACAAGGAAUACAAGCAAGCCUAAUCUGCAUUCAUUUUUGAAUACAACAGUGGAUAUGUCCUCCAAGCCAUCAAUUUUGAAUACAACAGUGGAUAUGUCAUCCAAGCCAUCAAUUUUGAAUACAACAGUGGAUAUGUCAUCCAAGCCAUCACUUCCAAACACUACAGUCAAUCUUCCUUCAAAUCCAGCCUUAAAUACUACUAUGGAUAUAGUGUCAAAGCAUUCAUUUGAAAGCAAUGCUGGUGAAGCCUCUAAUGUUUGUGUUACAAGUACUGAGAGUACCAUAAAACCUGUGAUAUCCCUCAAACUGGAGGUGCCAACUAUUCAGUCUAGUAUGCACAGUCAAAGUGCAGUAGAUAAAGUAAAACCAUUUGGGGAAACUUACGCAAAGUUACCAAAUAUGAAUAUCCCAAAUGAUGCUAUUUUACUUCCUGAACCAGUGACUUUGAAGACAGCCUCAAGAAAGUUGUUUAACUCAGGUUUGGACUCGACAUUUUGCGUAGAAGAUGACCAAGGAAAAGCCAAGGACACCACUGAUGCACGUCAAGGGUACAGUGUUGAAAAUUUAAAAUCUCCAGAGCUAAGUAGUAACCAGUUGAGAAGGAUGACAUUUGAGGUACAGCAACACGGCCCUCUCAUCAAGCCUGUGGAAGUGCCACCAGCCAGUGAAGUGCUCAUGCCCCCACCUACAAAGACUGUCAAGGGGAUCUUAAAGAAGACACCACAGAAAACACCCACACGUGGAACCACACCAGGAAAAGGAACACUUGUAGGCAGGAGCUUCGGCAAAACCACUACUCCUGGGAAAAAUAUCACACCUGGCAAGAGUCAAAUCUCAGGGAUGAAAAAGAGCCUGAGCACUUCUGCCCUUGGUCCUUACCAGUCCAAUUCUCUAAGAACCAGCGGCCAGUCAGUGGCUAACAAUAAGCAGAAAUUAGCAGGUCUUGGAGCAGCUCUACGGCGUACUUCAAGCUUCCUAAAGGCAAGAGGACAAAUGAGUAACCAGGAGAAUGUUCCACCAACUCAAAGGGGGGUAUAUAGAGACACAUUGUCCUCUUCAGCAAAACAGUUAUCACACUUUCAGUAUAAGCCAUAGGGAUGGCAGUCAUCUUGCCUUGAUAAAAAUUCAACUUGGGGUGAGAACACUGAAAAAAGUAAAACACAACAAGUGAUGAAGAUAAAAGAUGUGCUCGAAGAUUUUGCCAACAAACCAUGUUUUGGGUCCAAAGUUGGAGGUUUACUGCAAGAGAAAUUACAAGUGUUUUCCCAUAGUAACAGUACAUCCCAUAGUGUCAAAAGUUCUGAAAAAGUUGUGGAAAAAAGCAGUAGUAUACAGCCUUGGAGUAUGCACACAAUGCCAUGGACACUUGGUGUGAAUAAAAGAAAAUUAUAUCCAGUGUUUGCUUACUUGCCAAAGUCUUUCUGAUCUCUUAAAUUUUUUGUAUGCUUGCAUGCGCAAGAAUUUGACUGUCAUCUGUUUCCCACCGUUCUAGUGAGAGGGAAGUAAUGUAAUAAUAUAAAGUAAUGGAAAUGUUAUUAUAUUUCUUUUCUUUUUCUAUAUCAUCCUGUAAAUCAUUAAUGUAUGUUUUUAUGUAAAUAGGAUAUCAGUUUAUAGAAAAGAUUAUUGAAAUCUUACUAGUUUUAUAUUACUUGUUUUUUGUAUAAAUUUGACUGUAAAGAAUUAUCAUAACCAUUUUAAUAGCAAAUGAAAAUGUGAGUACCUGUAGUGGCUUGGUCCAUGGGUAUCAUUUUCACUCAUUUCCCUAGAUUUGCUUGGAAGUAAAAGAAAACUGUAAAUUUAUAUAUUUAUAAGGAAAUAUUAAUUACUCUUUUUUGCUCUUCUUUCUUUCCACAGAUGUAUUAUCUGUUAAAUAUAUAUGUUAAAAGUGCUAUCUCAAUAAAGUUAUUAAUUUUAA